AUGAAGGUCGCUAGUCUCAUCAGCGCCAUGGCCCUGGCCGCCUCCCCCAUUCUGGCGUCGUCGCCGGCUUCCUGGCACGGCGGGCACGACGUCGUCCGGCGCGACACGGGCAAGUGCAACAUCCAGCUGGCCGCCAGCAACGGCGGGCGCAAGGUCGCCAUCGUGCUGGACUCAUCCGGCUCCAUGUCCACCACCGACCCCUCGCGCCUCCGGGUCGUCGCCGGCAAGGCCCUGAACAACCAGCUCGUCCCGUCGUCGGCGGCCACGGGUGGGAAGCAGGCUGAUGUUGUCACUGUUGUCGACUUCGACGGUUCUGCCAGGGUCAUCUACCCUCUUGGAGACCCUGCUCAGGCCGGCAGCUCCUUUGACAAGAUCGACAGCAGCGGAGGCACAUUCAUUGCCGACGGCGUCAAAAAAGCCACGGCCGAGCUCACCAAGCCCGGGAACGACCCGACCGCCGACCGCUCCGGCAUCGUCGUGCUCACCGACGGCGAGGACUCGGACACAAAGGGGCUGAUCGCGGCCAUCGAGGCGGCGCGCGCGGCCGGCAUCCGCGUGUCGUUCGGGUUCCUGGCCCCGACGGCGGGCGCCUUCAAGCCGGACCUGCUGUCGACCAUCCUCAAGACGGGCGGGUCGUACGCGUCCUUCGCCACCGCCGACGCCAUCCAGAGCUGGCUGUUCCUGAUCCUGUCCAACGGCAUCACGGCCUCGGACCGCCCCGGCUCCGCGUCGUCUCAGCCGCUCCUGCCCGGCAUCACCGUCGCCAAGCUUUCGGGCGGCGGCCAGUCUGUGGCCUUCAGCUACGCCGCCCAGGCGGGCGAGCAGCUCGUCUUCAGCGUCUCGUCUCUGUCGGCGCAGGAGCUGUCUGCCGAGCUGUCCGCCGCCGAGGGCGGCAGCGGUAGUGUCGUCGGCAAGAACUCGACGACGGCGCGCUCCAAGACCGCGACCGUCGCCUUCUCGCCCUCGGCCGCGGGCGACCUGAAGCUGGUCGUCGCCGCCACCAACUCGACCGCCGAGGGCGUGUUCCAGGUCUCGCUCAACAGCUCACUCGGCAUCUCGGGCUGCAACCUCACGACGCAGAACCCGGGCGGCAGCAGCGGCGGGAACACCACGACGCUCCUGCCCACGUACUCGCCGACCAACCCGUCGACUCCGACCGGCUCCCUGCCGCCCGUGGUCACGGCCGCCGCCGCCAGGCUGAGCUUCCCGGCUUUGGCGCUGGGGGUUGCUGCUAUGCUUUUCUAG